GUAGUUUCCCGAUGUUCGUGCGCACGACACUGGCGGAGUUGAAAAAUGACAUGACUCAGGUGAAGCGGGAGAUUGUGACGCCGAAACGGAUGACAGAAACUGUCAAUCAGUUGUCUAAAAUAAGGGAGCAGUGAAGAAUCGCUAAGAGAAACUUUUUUUUUUACAACAGGACCCUGAAUGCAUCAUCAACGUGAGCGACCACGUUCCCUUACGUCGAAGAUACGCGUCUCGUAUCUCGUUUUGUUAAGUAAAGCGAGACGCCUUUGAGGAGGGAUGUUUUUACGUCGGAUUUUACGAGCGAACUUGCUCGGUGUGAAAUGGGCUCAUGACAGCCGGUUGUUACAGAACCAUCCACGCUGCAGAAGUGACGAGGUCCGGCUGGCAGAAGAGGCCAGCAGGAGGUAUGGAUUCCCAGCACCGAACAUCUUCUCCAAAAUCAUUGACAGAAGUGUCCCAGCGGACAUCAUCUAUGAAGACGAGAAGUGUUUGGCCUUCCGAGAUGUCAGCCCUCAGGCCCCUGUGCACUUCCUGGUGAUUCCGAGAAUUCCAAUUCCAAGAGUCAGUGAAGCCAAAGAUGAUGACUCUCAGCUCUUAGGUCAUCUGCUGGUUGUUGCCAAAAAUGUGGCCAAGCAGGAAUCGCUAACCGAGGGAUACAGAGUUGUGAUCAACGACGGGAAACAUGGUGCUCAGUCUGUUUACCAUCUUCACAUCCACGUGUUAGGAGGGCGACAGUUGACAUGGCCACCGGGAUGACAGUUCAACUGGGACUUUAUGACCCAUUUUUGUCUGUCUCUGAAGUUCUAAGGACAUGCAUGUCAUCACUGCCUUUAAAGUGACUUUAAAUAAAGGAGCCGCUCAAGUUCUUUGUUGUCUUAU